AUGGGCCACUUCUACGAAACCAUCCCGCCCAACAUCUACUCCUGGAUCCUGGAGCAAAAGAUGCUCUUCGUGUCCACGGCGCCCCUCUCCGCGUCCGGCCACGUCAACGUCUCGCCGAAAGGCGGACAGUAUUUCGGCCUCAUCGACGACAAGACGUUUUGGUAUAUGGAUCUCAGCGGCAGCGGGUGUGAGACGAUUAGCCAUUUGAAGGAGAAUGGACGGAUUACGGUUAUGUUUGCGGGGUUUGUGGGGGCGCCGAGGAUUGUGAGGUUGUGGGGGGUUGGACGGGUGAUCGAACGAGAGUCUCUCGAGUUCAACGACUUCGUCACGACAAACUCCGUCCAGACGAUCCCCGCCACGAGGUCGAUUAUUUUGGUGGAUGUCCACCAAGUCGGCAGUUCGUGCGGGUAUAGCGUGCCGUUUUACGACUUCCGGGAUUACCGCACGACGCUGAACGAGGUGUUUGAGAAGAAGAAGAAGGCGUUCGACUCGGGGCGGAGUAAGGAGGAUAUGCCAAGGUACUGGGCGUACAAGAACGCAUGGUCCAUCGACGGACUCCCGGGCAUGACGAAGGGGAUCGAAGCGGGCGCGCGCGAGAACGUCGAGCCCAUCAACAAGAUGAUUGGGCCUUGGGCACCCGCGGCGCCUUUUGGUCCUCGCUCGUAUAAGUUGAGCAAUCAGCUAAGGUAUCAGUUGACGAAGCUGGAGACGACGAGGGUGAAGCUUAGGAGUGUGCUGCUGAUGGUGGUGGUGGCGUUUGUGGUUGGGGUUGUUUUGGCGACGUAUGGGCCUGUGGUGGUUGAGGCGCAGAGGGGGAGGUUGGGGAGGUUGUUGAUGUGA